AUGGCGUGGCGUAAUCAAGGUAUUACUGGCUCCAACAAUAUUCCCUUGGGUCGUCGCAGGUUUGGCGAUGAAUCAGGAGAUAAUGGGAGCUCUGCAUCAGCUGCGGCCCCCAUGGAUGCUGGGCAAAAGCGCGGCAGGAGUCCAGUGAGAGCUGAACCUCCUGCGGAUGGGACCAAGAAGCGAAAGAAGCGCAACCGCUGGGGCGAUGCCCAGGAGAAUAAGGCUGCCGGCCUGAUGGGUCUGCCGACUCUUAUCAUGGCAAACAUGACCAACGAGCAGCUCGAAGCUUACACUCUUCAUCUACGUAUUGAAGAGAUCAGUCAGAAGCUUCGUAUCAACGAUGUUGUCCCGGCUGACGGAGAUAGGUCUCCCUCGCCGGCGCCACAGUACGAUAAUCUUGGUAAACGUGUAAACACCAGAGAGAACCGUUAUCGCAAGCGCUUGGAAGAUGAGCGCCAUAAGCUCAUUGAAAAAGCCAUGAAAGUUAUUCCUAACUACCAUCCGCCAUCUGACUACAGGCGUCCGACUAAGACCCAAGAGAAGGUCUAUGUCCCUGUUAAUGACUAUCCAGAGAUUAACUUCAUUGGCUUACUUAUCGGGCCCCGUGGCAACACUCUCAAGAAAAUGGAGACCAAGUCCGGAGCAAAAAUUGCUAUCCGAGGCAAAGGCUCUGUUAAGGAAGGAAAGGGACGAUCUGACGCCGCUCACUCUAGCAACCAGGAAGAAGACCUUCAUUGUCUAAUCAUGGCAGAUACGGAAGAAAAAGUAAACAAGGCAAAAGAACUUAUUCACAACGUUAUCGAAACGGCCGCCUCUAUACCCGAAGGGCAAAACGAGCUGAAGAGGAACCAACUGCGUGAACUUGCUGCUCUCAACGGAACUCUACGUGAUGACGAGAACCAAGCUUGCCAAAACUGCGGCCAAAUCGGUCAUCGUAAAUACGAUUGUCCUGAGCAGCGUAACUUCACUGCGAAUAUUAUCUGCCGCGUCUGUGGAAAUGCCGGACAUAUGGCCAAAGAUUGUCCAGACCGUCAACGUGGCACUGAUUGGCGCAACCAUGGGCCUAGUGUUCGUGGGAAAGGAGUUGGCGGUGGAGAUGCGGUUGACCGAGAGAUGGAGCAACUUAUGCAAGAACUCUCUGGCAAUGCUCCUCUACCUGGUGGUGAAGCACAGAAGCGCAUUGAGGGUGGCCCUGGUGGAUAUGGCCAAGGUAACAAUUAUGGCGGUGAUGAUGCGAAGCCAUGGCAACAGCGCGAGCCUGCCAGUAAUACACCACCAUGGCAACGACGGGAUGAUAGGUCCCGAGACGAUCAGAAUGCACCUCCACCAUGGGCUACUGGUGGCCACAGAGGCGACCGAGACAAUCGCGACCAUCACGGUUACCAGGGACGCGACUCUUAUAACCCAACUCCCCCAGCUGGCGGUCCUCCACCAUGGCAGCAAGCUGCACAACAAACUCCAGCAAUGGCUCAAGCCUCCUACGGCUACAGCGGAUAUCAAUUCCCUCAAAAUCAGGCCAUGAGUGCACCACCUGGCCUAAGUGGUAUCCCGCCUCCACCGCCCGGAAUGGGAUCUAUGUUUGCUGGUUACCCUGGUGCUCCGCCACCUCCACCUCCACCAGCUGACGGGCCGCCCCCUCCUGUAGGUUGCUACGACCUUGUACAUGCGUUUGACAAAACUAACAAUUUCUUCUAG